AUGAACGUUGAGUAUGGGAAACCUAAUGGGAAAGUGUUCAACGACAGCAUACACGGCCACAUUUACAUGCCAGACUACUGCGUGCGCGUCAUCGAUACGCCACACUACCAACGCCUGCGUGACCUGAAGCAACUCGGAGUCGUGUACUGGACUUUUCCUGGGGCGAGCCACAAUCGCUUUGAGCACGGCAUCGGAACUGCGUACUUGGCAGGUUCCAUGGUCACCAAUCUUCUUUCGAGGAGCGAUUCAAUUGCACCCCAGCUGGCCACCAGAAGCGGCCCUGCACAACCGAGCGAACGAGCAGCGACUCGAGCGCACCCGCUGGACCCUGUGGCGCUCACUUCGUCGACCGCCACCGACUCUGGCGCACGUCAAGGCCUGCAAAGUAACUGGCGGGAUCUCGAGCGUGACUUGCGUCUCGUACGUCUGGCUGGACUGUGUCAUGAUCUGGGCCAUGGACCCUUCUCGCACGUUUUCGACCAUCAGCUGCUGCCGCGACGAGGUAUUCAGAGCGACGUGUAUGGGCGCUUUCACGAGCAGCGCUCAGCAAUGCUUCUCGCGCACAUGUGUCAGCAGUUCGAGGUCGCACUAGACGCUAUGGAAGAGGCGCUCGUUACUGAUAUGAUUCUGGGUAGGCUGAGUCCGCAGAGUGCACGUCUAACGAACCGUUUCCUGCUCGCUGUGGUGAAUAAUCAACGCUCUGGAGUCGAUGUGGACAAGUUUGAUUACUUGACGCGGGAUGCACGCUACACCCUGCCGCGCUCUGCAGGUUUCGAUUAUGAACGCUUCCUGCGCUUCAGCCGCGUCAUCGGAGAUGAGAUCUGCUACCACAUCAAGGAGGCGAACAACCUGUACGACAUGUUCAGUACGAGAAUGCGCAUGCACAAAAUGGUUUACAACCACCGAGCGGUUAAGGCCUGUGAGUUUAUGAUUACGGAUGCCAUGGUCUUGGCUGACGAGUUCCUGGGUCUUUCGCGUUCUAUCCAGGACCCAGAGGCAUUUCUUCAGCUCAGUGACUGGAUCCUGAAGCGGAUUGAGUUUUCCACGGAGGCGUCGCUUGGCGCAGCCAAGUCGCUGAUCCAACAGCUGCAACGACGUGAGCUUUAUCGAUUCGUUGGUGCCGCGCUGGUUCCAGUAUCGUGUGCGUCUGUUAGUGCUGGUGACUUAACCGCCUGGCAAAGCGACGGCUUCGUUCAGUUACGACCAGAGGAUCUCAUUGUGCACCAUCAAGUCAUAAACUAUGGCAAGGAAGGUGGAGCGGACCCCGUCGAGCAGGUGCGAUUCUUUGUCGAUUGGUCCACCGAUGAGACCGUUGGCGUACGUCGAGAGCAGGUAAGUUCCCUGAUUCCGAGCCAUUUCGAAGAACGGAUGCUCAUGGUCUAUUCACGUCGACGCGACCCGCGUUAUGUGCAGGCAGCACGACAGGCGUUUGAGCGAAUGCUCCAGCGGCAGGGCGGAUGGAGUCCUCCGCAUCGACAAGUUGGCGCUGGGGAACAGCUGCCACAACUCUUUCCUGAUCGUAAAACCAUCGCCUAG